CAGAGGAAGGCAAAGAUCAGUUUCUUUUCCGUGUCAAACUCUUUCCCUAACGGCUUUGGCUAACUCAAUUGACCAAUAGACGACAACACAUCUCGUCGAAAAUUAACCUCGCACAUCUCGCCGCCGGCGCCGGCCAUUAAACGCCGCCGUAACGAGGCUACUUGCGCAAUUCACCGACUCCGCCACUUCAUUUGAGGAAAAAGGGAAAAAAUAAUGUAUUUCUUUCCUUUCUGUCUCCUACUCUCCAUUUUAGUCCUACUCCUUUCUCCUCUGUCGCUGGCCAUCUGAUGAAGGUCAAAUUGUCCAAGUGUGAAAACUGAAAUUAGAGAAAACCAAAAAAGACUCCUUCUUUCCUUCCUUUUUCUCAACCUUCUUCUUCCUUUCCCUGCUUUCUCCAACUCGACGGAUAUUACUCAAAGAUUCUUCUGUUCUUCUUCUUCUUCUUCAGCAGUUUCUGGGCUGAACCUGAGAGGAAAGGGGCAAAUUUUCGUACCCGAAUCCCAAAAUUUCCGCCUUUCGGAUUCUGAUUCUCGUUUCCAUAGCCCUCUCCCCUCUUCUGUUUCUACAUCGUGAAGCUUUGCUGCUUUGUUCAUGUCGAAUCUUACUGUAAUGGUGAUGCUGCUAUAGAGAUCCGAUGUCAUCAUCAAGUUUGGAAUUUGGCAGGUGAUGUGUUCAGUUGCUUAAGAUGUAUGAUUGUGGUUUAAAGACACAGUACCUGCCUGGCCAAAGAGACAAAUUUGUUAGACUGGAUGAUUUGGACUCAAGAGUAUCAUCCUCGCCCUCCGAGGCAGGGCUGAGAAGAUGUGGAUUUGGCAUUGAUGCGCUAAACUGUGCUGGUCAAGCACCUGAUACACCAUCCAGAUCUUUUAAGAAUGGAAUCAAAAGGGGAUCAGAAGGACUCAAAUCCAUUGGCCGUUCACUUAGAUUCGGAGUGUCUCGUGGUGUCUUCCCUGAGGAUCUUAAAUCAUCAGAGAAGAAGAUAUUCGAUCCUCAAGACAAGUUCCUCUUGUUGUGCAACAAGCUCUUUGUGGUAUCUUGCAUUUUGGCUGCAUUUGUAGACCCACUCUUCUUUUACCUCCCGGUUUUCAAUGAUGCGGGGUUCUGCCUUGGGAUUGAUCGGAAAUUAGCUCAUACAGUGUCAACACUAAGGACAAUUGUUGAUGCUUUCUACCUUGCUCGAAUGGCUCUCCAGUUCAGGACGGCUUACAUUGCACCUUCUUCUCGUGUGUUUGGUCGUGGUGAGCUGGUGAUCGAUCCCACACAGAUAGCUAAGCGAUACAUGCAACAUUACUUCUGGAUCGAUUUCCUCGCCAUCUUUCCCCUUCCACAGAUUGUGGUCUGGAAGUUUCUUCAGAGGUCCCGUGGCUCUGAUGUCCUAACAACGAAAAGAGCCAUCCUAGCCAUCAUUUUGCUCCAAUACAUUCCUAGAUUCCUCCGGUUCCUACCUUUAACAUCGGAACUCAAAAGAACAGCAGGUGUCUUUGCAGAAACUGCGUGGGCGGGUGCUGCUUGUUACCUGCUCCUAUACAUGCUUGCAAGUCAUGUAGUCGGUGCAUUGUGGUACUUGCUAGCGAUAGAGAGGAAAGACGCAUGCUGGCAGAAGUUCUGUACCCCAGAAGUAAAAUGCCAGACCAAUUUCUUGUACUGUGGGAACCAGUUCAUGACAGGGUUUGCUGAUUGGAUUCCCUUGAGGAACAACACUCUUGAGUCAAAUUGUGUGACGAAAGAAGAGGGACCAUUCGAUUAUGGGAUCUUCUUGAAUGCUUUGUCGUCCGGGGUUGCCUCCUCCAAGGAGUUCGUUGCUAAGUAUUGCUAUUGCUUGUGGUGGGGACUUCAGAAUCUUAGGUGGUCUACUUGUUUGUGUAGUACACUUGGUCAGGGGCUUCAAACCAGCACAUACCCUGGAGAGGUUAUCUUCUCCAUAGCACUUGCGAUAUUUGGACUCAUCCUCUUCGCACUUCUCAUUGGCAACAUGCAGACCUAUCUCCAGUCGCUUACGAUACGUUUGGAAGAGAUGAGGGUGAAAAGGCGCGACUCAGAACAAUGGAUGCGCCAUCGCUUGCUCCCAACCGAACUCAGAGAAAGGGUAAGGAGAUAUGACCAGUACAAAUGGUUGGCAACUCGUGGAGUUGAUGAAGAGAUUCUGGUUCAGAGCCUGCCUAAGGAUCUUAGAAGAGACAUCAAACGCCAUCUUUGUUUGGCAUUAGUCCGACGGGUUCCUCUGUUCGAUAACAUGGACGAGAGGCUGCUUGAUGCCAUAUGCGAGCGGCUGAAACCAUGUCUGUUCACUGAAUCGACGUACAUUGUCCGAGAAGGCGAUCCAGUCGACGAGAUGCUAUUCAUUAUCAGAGGACGCCUCGAGAGUGUAACUACAGAUGGUGGGAGGAGCGGCUUCUUCAACCGUGGAUUCCUCAAAGAAGGAGAUUUCUGUGGUGAGGAGCUCUUAACCUGGGCCCUCGAUCCCAAAUCAGGCGGCAACUUACCAACCUCAACCCGAACCGUGAGGGCCAUAACUGAAGUCGAGGCCUUUGCCCUGACAGCCGACGAAUUGAAGUUCGUAGCUAGUCAGUUCAGACGCCUCCAUAGUAGGCAGGUGCAACACACGUUCAGGUUCUACUCGCAGCAGUGGAGGACUUGGGCCGCGUGCUUCAUCCAGGCUGCCUGGCGACGGUACCUGAAGAGGAAGAACAUGGAGCAGCAGCGUCGGAAGGAGGAAGAGGAAGAAGCAGCGCAGAGCAUGAGUGGCAGCGGCGGAGGAGGCUCGUUCAGCAUAGGCGCCACAUUCUUGGCCUCGAGGUUCGCAGCAAAUGCUCUUCGUGGGGUCCAUCGGAACAGGAAUGCCAAGACGGCGAGAGAGUUGGUGACACUGCAGAAGCCUCCUGAGCCUGAUUUCACUGCUGAUGAUGCAGAUUGAUUCAUCGAUAUAAAAACCCGUAAAUUCGACUACUCCUAAGUCAUUAUCAUUAUUAUUCUAAUUGCUGUAAACUCUAUGCUUUUUCCAUCCCUAAGACACUUAUAUCAUUUUUGCAUGAAACCAGCUUGGUUUGUAAGGCUUGCUAAUGCUAUUUCCCACCCUUCCCUCACACCUUACCUAUAGUUCUUACUUUGUACGUGAAAGACAAAACAUCAUAGUAGCCCACCUUAAUUUUAGAAAUGAUUGUAUGAUUGUUACAAAGUUUGUUGACUCUAGAGUCUAGACUCACA